GUCUGGAAGAUGCCGAGGUGAUGCCUUCUCCACGCACCAUCAAAACUCACCUCCCGGUUCAGCUCUUGCCUCCUUCAUUCUGGGAACAGAAUUGCAAGGACUUCUGCACAUGACCAGAGUAACAUAACCCUGGACAGGAUUCCCAAACAGGCUAACACCAUUGAAGAGGACUUAGAGGGAGGUGAAUCUUACAGACUGGAGCAAGGAAAGGAGAUGGAUCAGAAAUCAGGGCAGGAGGUUUGGGACCCCGACUGGAUCGAGCGUUCAAAACUAGUGGAGGUUGAGGGAGUCACUUUGGUCAGUGGCACGGCAGAGAACUGGAGUCGCUUGUGGGCCUUUGCAGCCCGGCCAGACGAUCUUCUGAUCUGCACUUAUCCCAAAGCAGGGACCACUUGGAUCCAGGAAAUUGUGGACAUGGUCCAACACGGAGGAGACCCACAGAAGUGUGCUCGGGCCCCAAUGCAAAAGCGAAUGCCCUUCAUAGAUUUGUUCCUUCCAAAACCCAUGACUUCAGGUCUGGAAGAUGCCGAGGGGAUGCCUUCUCCACGCACAAUGAAAACUCACCUCCCGGCUCAGCUCUUGCCUCCUUCGUUCUGGGAACAGAAUUGCAAGAUCAUUUAUGUGGCUAGGAAUGCCAAGGACAGUGCGGUGUCUUAUUUUCACUUCCAUCGCAUGAACCAGGGGAUGCCAGAGCCAGGAAACUGGGACCAGUUUCUAGAAGCUUUCCUUGUUGGGAAGGUCGCGUGCGGGUCCUGGUUUGAUCAUGUCCGUGGCUGGUGGGAAGCCAAAAAAUGGCACCCAAUCCUGUACCUCUUUUAUGAAGAUAUGAAGGAGGACCCGGCCCGGGAAAUCCAGAAAGUAGCCCAAUUCCUCGGUAUAGAGCUCACAGCGCCAGUUCUGAAACGGAUUGUGCAACACACGACAUUUGAGAGCAUGAAAGACAACCCAAUGGCUAAUUACAGCACUUUGCCUACUUUCUUUCUGGACCAAGGUGUGUCGCCUUUCAUGAGAAAAGGUGUAGUAGGAGACUGGAAGGUGCAUUUCACAGUGGCUCAGAGUGAACGGCUAGAUGAAAUUUGUGCCCAGAAACUGGAGAGCAGCGGCCUGGUCUUCCGCACGGAACCGUAAUCCCUCCUUUGUGCUCCUUGAUGACUUACACCCAACUGUGCCUGUUUAUGUUGCCUGUGCUCAAUAAAGCAAAGGCUAACUAAGCUACAUUUUGUGUAUGGUUUUUUUUUUU